AUGAGUGGUAUCCCUUCCAUAACUCGCGAUGGUGGAUGGUUCAAAGUUUUGCUCGCCAACUUUGGCAUGUGUAUCACUGCUGCUCUCUGUAGUUUGAUGCUUCUUCAGGCAGUUACUUUAAUACCUCAAAAUUCUAAUUUCCAACAGAGGAUAGAAUUUGAUACGGUGGUAAAGUAUUACCUCUCUGAUUAUUCCUUCAAGGUUAUUUCGAUUCUUCAUCAUAUAGGAGAUCUUUGUUGCAUUAUCUGUGGAAUUCUCACAUUUUCAAAGCUCAUAGAUAUGCUUUUUGUACAAACGAUUGGAUAUUCAUUCGCUAUUCAGAUUUAUCCGCACCUGGCCAUGGGAAAGGCAAAUAUGGCUGUUAUAUCCUCAAUCUAUGGAUCAGCUAACAGUACAGCCGCGAUAAAAAUGCCACAAAACUUGUCAUUUAUACACUCGGAUAUUGAGACUCUUACCUUAGAUAUGUCUGGCCCAUCUUGUGAUGGAAAAUUGAGAUUAGGGAUAACUUUGGGUUACAUUGUCUGCGCUCUUUUAUGCCUUAGGUUGAGUGCAUGUGCCCUAGAGGAGACGACAACCUUCCAUGUUACAUCAUUUGUAGUUCUCUUAGGCUGUUCUUUGCAAUUAGCAGCGCAUUCUGUGCUCAAGAUUAGGAGAUUAUAUAAAAAUAAUUCUGGGAUGACUUCCAGAGAUUUUACCAGACGAUAUAAUAGAACAACUUAUGAGCGACUUUUUGGCACGAAAUCAUGUGCUAUUCACCAUAGAAAUGAACCUAAUUCAUGUACUUAUAACGGCGACGAUCGUGCAAAUUGGUUAUAUGAUGGAAUCAAUCGUUAUGUAAACGCUGACAAAAAUAUACCUACCACUGGAGAAUUACAUAUACACACACAAAAAUUCUCGAAUGAACAAAAGGCAGGAUCAGCCAAGAUUUUGCCUCCAGCAAUUGGGAAUGAGUCGUUCUCGAAUGUUCUCCUCACGUUCGUGGAUAACUACAGUUUAGCAAGUACAACACCUUCAUGGGCUAAUGAAAUGACUCUAGAUGUCAAAGUUGCUCCAAUCCUCUGGAUGAGUACACUUUUUUCCUGUAUAAUCUAUUACAUUCUCGGAAUCCUUAUAUCCAGUGCAUUUCCAGCAAAUACUGGUUCAAUAGUAAAUGACAUAUUGAUGAGCGACUCUGGAGUUGUAACUAGCAUUUGUAUUUUGAUAUUCGUUAUUUUCACUGCUAUCCCAGAUGUUGUAUUUGGAUGUAUAACUACUAAAUACAAUUUGCUAAACUUGGGUUAUUGCGGUAGUAAUUUGGCCUAUUUUUGGGGAUGUGCCUUUCCAUUUUUAUUUACCUGGUUACUCUCAAAUGAGACUCUUUUUAUGGAAAUUUUUAACAAUAUUGGUCUAAUUAGCGCCAUUGUUUGCGAUUUUGCAACUCCUGUAGUUAUAUAUGUAAAGGCACACAAAAAAGUAGAGGACCAUGGUAAAGGCAUGUACUAUAGAGCUUCAACUAUGCUUUUCAAAACCAUUGACUCAUUCAAGAGGAGGGUCACAAAAUCCAUUGAAAAGAGACUUAGUAACAGUUUUUAUGAAAAAGGAGAAUCAUUUAGUGGAGAAGUAGCAGCGCAACUAGAGACUAUGUCCUCCAAAGAGGAUUUUGAUGUGCCCAGUAGAGCUGAUUCUGGGAUUUUGAGUGAUCUCACAAAACUUAAUACCACAGGACCACCUCUAAGAACGGCGAAUAGUAAUGCUAGUAUUGGUGAGGGAGGCAUGACCGUGGGAUUCAUUGAUUCCCCAGAUGAAGUGGAUUACACUUCAUUCAAAAUUAUAAAGGCCGGAAAACCUCGCCUGGAUGAUCACUUGUACAAUGUAUUAGUUCCUAUAAAUCGUAAAAAGUUCGAAAACCCUGAUAAGGUUGAGUAUGUAGAAAUAAAGACAAUUGACUGCAGAGUCAAUGUCUUUCCAUCGGGAUUUUUGGUAAAAAAUCAUUUGCUCAUUGCAUACACAAUGAUUGCUGCAUUUGGUGGGCUUGCCGUAGUACCUCCCACUUUGCAGAUUUUAAAACUUAUCAGGUGA